AAGAUCGAGGUAAAUUCCCAUAUAAAUAGGAUACUUCGUUGUGCAAAGCAACCCCAAAGCUAAAGGUAACAGAGGGUGCUCUUGAUUUGCAGAGACCCUCGAUCAUCAGGCAAAUUCGAUCAAUAAGUUAUCUAAAACAUGGCAAAAAUAGCGUUUGGAAGCACCAGUGAGGCUGCAAAGCCAGAGGUCUGGAGGGCGCUUAUCGUCGAGUUUGUCACCACCUUUCUCUUCAUCUUUGCUGGUGUUGGAUCAGCCAUGGCUACUGAUAAGCUAGGAGCAGAUACAACUGUGGCAUUGUUUUUCAUAGCUAUCACGCAUGCCCUAGUCGUGGCGGUGAUGAUAUCCGCCGGCCACAUUUCCGGUGGUCAUCUUAACCCCGCAGUCACUCUCGGCCUCCUCGCCGGCGGUCACAUCACCCUCUUCCGAUCCGUGCUUUAUUGGAUCGAUCAGUUGUUAGCAGCUGCCGCAUCUUGUUACCUUCUAAAGUAUCUUACCGGUGGAUUGACUACUCCAAUUCAUUCACUUGCAAGUGGAGUUGGCUUCUCCCAAGGUGUGAUAUGGGAGAUCAUCUUGACAUUCUCCUUGCUAUUCACGGUCUACGCUACGAUGGUGGACCCUAAGAAAGGAUCUCUUGAUGGGCUGGGCCCAACUCUCACUGGGUUUGUAGUGGGCGCCAACAUCCUAGCCGGCGGCGCCUUCUCAGGGGCUUCAAUGAACCCGGCAAGAUCUUUUGGGCCUGCUCUGGUGAGCUGGGACUGGACCGAUCAUUGGGUCUACUGGGUUGGGCCUCUCAUCGGUGGUGGGCUCGCUGGCUUCAUCUAUGAGAGUUUCUUCAUCGAGAGGCCACGUAGUUACCAACCCAUCCCCGUAGCGGAUGAUGCUUAAGUAGAAUUACUAUACUUCGUUUGAAUCGUUUCUGAUGAUUUCAAUCUCCUAUACUAAGCAUCCUGCUAUUCCUUUUUUUCUAUUUUUGUUCUUGGGUUACCUAUGCAAGAUUUAGAUUAGAACUUCCAAUAAUCAUUCUAUGCUAUUUUUAUUCUCUCUUUUUCCAUUUUCGCCGUCUCAAUGUUCAAUUGUUCAUGGAUGAGGUUUUAGGAGCUUCAGUUCAUCAAUUUUAGAAGCUGUGCUAGCUACAAUUAGGUUUGGCUUAUGUCGAGUGUUUUACACUUUAGUCACAAUCAUUGAUUGAACCAUACUCUUU